AUGAAGGGUAACCGAUUAGUGAUCGGCCUGGACUACGGUACUACCUACACAGGCGUGUCUUUCUGCGAGGCGUCAGACGCGAAUUCCGAUGGCCAGCACAUAGAGAUCAUCCAUGAUUGGCCCUCUCGUCAUACAAAAAUCGGCACGAAGGAGAAAGUGCCCUCCGAAGUUGCCUAUCUUGACGAAGGCAUCUGUUGGGGAUCAAACAUCCCUCCUCACGAAAAGCGCGAGAUGUGGACUAAGCUCCAGCUGGAACUUGACCACCGCCAUACAGGAGAAGCAGCCAAGAUCUCGCAAGAACUAUCGAAGUCAGGUCCACGUAAGGAGCCAGUCGAGAUUGUCGCAGAUUUCCUGGCACAGGUGAAGGCCCACCUUAUCACUAACCUGGAUAACAAGUUUGGCAAAGAGCUAUGGAGGACAUUAAGCAUCACGCUGGUGAUCACUGUGCCGGCGGUCUGGUCUGACGGCGCGAAAAAUCGCACUCUUCAAGCCGUCGACAAGGCUGGAUUCAACAAGCUCUCGUUCCCCCAGCUGAACACUCCACUUCUGGUCACGACAGAGCCCGAAGCUGCAGCUAUCUACACAAUGCGCACUCUUCGCGGCACUGCGCAGAAUGAACAGCUCACGAUUGGCGACGGCUUCAUAGUGUGCGACAUGGGCGGCGGCACGGUGGACCUGAUCGCGUAUCGGGUCAAGAGCUUACAACCUACCAUCAUCGAAGAAGCUACAGUCGGUAACGGGGCUCAGUGCGGCGGUAUCUUCGUGGAUAGGGCAUUCUUGAGAUGGCUCGAAUGUCGCCUAGGGACAUCAGACUUCGUCAAGAUCGCGGGCUGUCGCAGUGAACAGAUUCCAAGGAUUUCGUUGAGCAAGAAAGCGGCCAAGAUACUCCAGGACUUCACUUUGGAGGUCAAAACCGGCUUUUCUGGCACUGAGACCGGAUAUUUAGUGCUACCGAAUCCUCUGAGCGCGAUCGAGGAAGAUAAGGCCAGAGGCAUACGCGACGGCGAAAUAACGGUCACUGCAGAAGACACCACCUCAAUGUUCGAGACGUCGAUCUGCCGUACCUAUGAACUUCUCAACGAGCAACUACAGCGAGCAAGGAAGAACAAAGUUGAUAUCAAGUACGUUUUCUUGGUUGGUGGCUUCUCCGAAUCGCCCUACAUGCAUCGCAAGAUCAAGGAGUAUAUGGAGCAAAGCAACAUUGCUACUAUCAAGCCGAGUUAUGCUUGGUCAGCUGUAGCGCGAGGUGCCGCGGCAAAAGGUCUCGAGGGCAAGGACGGUGCAAUCUUAGCACGUAAGAGCCGCCGUCAUUAUGGAACUUCUAUGUCUGCCCCUUUCAGUCGUCGCAAGCAUAGAGCUUCCGAGGCUUACUACGACGAGUUUGAUGGUCGGAAGAUGGCAAUGGAUCAGAUGGAGUGGUUAGUUGCGAAAGGUCAAGAUCUGAAAGCCGACCAGGCAACCCAUGCAUCGGCGACAGUGUCAUCAAGCUUCUGGCCUGGCGAUUCACGUCGAAUGCAUGAUGUGCCUGAAUCCUGCCUAGAGCAUAUGAUCAGCACAAACGGCAAGCGCUUCUACGACAUUGAAGGCGUUGUCAACAUCUCUAUGCAGGCUUCUCUGGAGUUCUUCGUCACAGUCAAUGGCAAGAGGUAUGGGUCUCUGAUUGCGCAAUACGACUAG